AAAAAAAAAAAAUGUCUAGGCUAGACUAAGGCAAAUUUUCCUGCGAUCCCUAAACUCCUUUAGCACUGAUUAAGAAUUCUCUAAUUCGAUACUGUUAAUUCUUCAGGACCCAGGCUGUCUACUAUACUUUGAUUUUCCAAAGUUCCCAACAAUUAGCACGAGUUUAAUGCCCUUCUAUUGGAUGGCUUCUUUGCCUCUGCUACCUGAGGCAAACUACACAGAAGCUAACGAAGCUUCUUCAAAUAUGUGAACAGCGCGUUUCAGGAAGACAGUGCCUGGCACGGUGCCUAGGACAGCCGAAAAUCUAACAACUCUCCCGAGUUUGGGAAGGCUUCCGAGUUUUCGGAAUCACUUCUCUGAGCAUGAGCGGAAGUCACCUUUUGGGCAGUGUGCGGUUUUUUUCAAAUGAUUGGUACCAUAUUGAGCAAUCAACUUCACUCUGCUUUUCCCGUUGCACCCACAAGCAAGUGACCAGGUGACAAAUUAUUUUCGUUACAGGAAAAUAAAGACCGCACUCAAAGAAGUCCUCAGGCAGCCGAACGCCCCGUCUUCCCAUAGUAAAGAUGGCGGCCCCCGGAGUGUAGACUACAGGCAGUACCACUUCCGCAUUUUUCUUGCGCCCUCAUCCAACAUGGCCGACGAGGCCACCCGGCGUGUGGUGUCCGAAAUCCCGGUGCUGAAGACUAACGCCGGCCCUCGAGAUCGUGAGUUGUGGGUGCAGCGACUUAAAGAGGAAUAUCAGUCUCUUAUCCGGUAUGUGGAGAACAACAAGAAUGCGGACAAUGAUUGGUUCCGAUUGGAGUCCAACAAGGAAGGGACUCGGUGGUUUGGGAAAUGCUGGUACAUCCAUGACCUGCUCAAAUAUGAGUUUGACAUUGAGUUUGACAUUCCUAUCACAUAUCCUACUACUGCUCCAGAAAUUGCAGUCCCUGAACUGGAUGGAAAAACAGCAAAGAUGUACAGGGGUGGCAAAAUAUGCCUGACUGAUCACUUUAAGCCUUUGUGGGCCAGAAAUGUGCCCAAGUUUGGACUAGCUCAUCUUAUGGCUCUGGGGCUGGGUCCAUGGCUGGCAGUGGAAAUCCCCGAUCUGAUUCAGAAGGGCGUGAUUCAGCAUAAAGAGAAAUGCAGCCAAUGAAAGAUCAAGCCACUGAGGCAGGACAGAGGGACCUUUGAUAGGCUACAUUCUUGCUCUCUGUGCAUCACUCUUACUCAUCCAACCGCUUCCCCCCAUACCACUUCACCCAUAAUUGUUACUAAGUAGCUGCAUCAGGAAUGCUGAAAAAAAGAAACAACAGCAUUGCUACUGAAUUCCUAAGGCUACACAGGGAGGGGAAAGACUGGGGCUUUGGGGAGCCCAAAGGCAAUUGGUAUGCCUUCCGCAGGUGAAGCAGUGUGAGAUCCAGGAAGACUGGGAGGGCUGAAAGUGGGUGCAUAGUCUUUUUGGUUUCUGGAGAUAACUCUUCAAUAAAAGCUGCUUCCUCUGGUA